AUGGGGCUAAGGAUGCUCUGGGCUACAGAGGCCAAGGGUACCCUAGGAGGCUGGGGGGUCAUCUGUUUGGUGUUGUCUCUACUCCUGCAAUGCCCAGGAGUCCACACCAAAUGUUACUUCCAAGCUCAAGCUCCCUGUCACUAUGAAGGCAAGUAUUUCACCCUGGGUGAGUCCUGGCUCCGUGAAGACUGCUUCCACUGCACCUGUCUGCAUCCUGUCGGUGUGGGCUGCUGUGACACGUCUCAGCACCCCAUUGACUUCCCUGCUGAGUGUGAGGUUCGUCGGGAGGCAGGAACCUGCCAAUUUUCCUUGGUGCAAAAAUCUGAUCCUCGGCUGCCCUGCAAAAGCAGAGGGCCGGACCUAGAGUGGGGCUCAGCUAACACCCCUGUUCCUGGGGCUCCUGCUCCCCACUCCAGCUAGACUCACCUGACCACCCAUCUGCUGACUGCUCACUGCUGCGGCCACUUCCAGAGAAACCACUAGCAGCUGCCAAUUUACUCUGAAUAAAUAAAUUAAUGCUACA